AUGAGGAGACGACAAAUCUUGGCUGUAUGUCUGGCUGUGUUGGGCCUAUGCGGUACUAUCCUGGUGUGCGUAUUGCCUAUGUGGAAAGUGACAGCCUUCGUGGGAGCAAACAUCGUGACAGCACAGGUUUUCUGGGAAGGCUUGUGGAUGAACUGCAUCCUGCAGAGCACCGCUCACAUGCAGUGCAAAGCGUAUGACUCCAUCCUGGCUCUGACUCAAGAUCUCCAGGCAGCACGAGCAUUGAUCUGUGCCUCUAUCGCUGUCAGUGUGGUUGCCAUUGGACUGUUCGUUGUUGGAGCCGAUUGCACCAACUUUUACAGAGAAGAGCGGCUCAAAAAGACUAACACUGGAAUAGCAGCUGGUGCAGUCUUUAUAGUUGCAGGUGUAAUGUGCCUUAUUGCUGUCAGCUGGUCGGCGUAUGUUAUCAUCGUGGACUUCUAUAAUCCUCAAGCAAUAUCGGGGAGAAAAGGAGAGCUGGGAGCCUCCAUCUAUGUAGGAUGGGUGGCCGGUGUUCUGCUGAUUGUAGGUGGUGGGCUGCUCAUCAGCACAUACUCCAACCGAUGCUGA